AUGAUUGCAAACAUGAAUGUCGUGUUGGGUUUGGUGCUGGUGGCUUCCGCCUUCGCGGCUGUUUCUAACGUCAAUCAGUGCGAAUCUGGAAUCGAGCAAUGUACCCCGGUGUACUACAAUUUUCUGUCGGAUUCCGGCAAAACGGUGGAGAACGAUUUGAAGCAGUACACCAGCCAGCUGGUGCACAAAUCGUUCAAUUUCCUGAUCAUGUCGUCGGCAUUCAACAAGCACGAUCUGGAUCGGCCCGGGUUCGAGAAGUUGUACCGUAAGAUCAGUGACAAGGCAUGGGAGGACGCUAUGGAACUGAUCAAGUACCAGAGUCGCCGCGGUGGAUUCGGACACCUGGUGAAACCGACCAACCACGAGACAAAUUACACCAAGCUUGUGGAUGUGGACGAGCUUAGCUCCCUGCAGUUCGCGCUGGACUACGAGAAGACGAUGGCCAAUGAAAUCUUUGACAUACAUCGCAAGGUUUCCCACGCUCACUCAGUGUCCGGUUCCAAUGGUGCCAAUCAUGUUGCCCAUUACGAUCCGGAUACUGCCCACUAUUUGGACGAGAAGAUUAUCGAGUACCAGUCGGGCGUUAUACGUGAUCUGGCCGGCUAUAUCCACAACCUGAAGCACAUCACUUCCAAGAAAGACCCUAAGCCCAGCGCCAGCGAUUUGGGCAUCCAUAUUUUCGACGAGUACCUGGCCAAGGCUUUAUAA